UUCGCCUGAUUGUCCCAUUCCCAGUCCUCCAUCUCCAUUAAUCAAAAACCAAAUUCUUAAGUUAGGUAUUGCUUCGUUUUACUAACCCUUUAUCGUUGUAUUCACCAUUUUUUUUUCUUGCCUUUGCUUCUUUGAUUCAUUAAGGGUCUCACUGAUUCAAGCAACAUCAGAGAUCAUAACAGAUGACUUUCUCUGCUACCCAAUCUGUCAUUGCCUCAAUCCAACCAUACCCAACUUGUAAUCAUCAGCCCCAACCUCCCCAUCAUCUCUCCCAGAAACUCCAAUCGAAAUCGACCCGAAUCUCAGUUGUUAAAACCCAACAGUUAAGCUCUCCAACUACUCAGGAACCGAAAAGAGAGUCAGACUGCGAGUGCUUCAAUCUGUACAAGGAGUUAGUUCCGUACAAGCAAGCUUGGUCUUGGCAGAAGAGCAUAGUGAAAGAGAAGAAGGCUCUGAUUGAGAGGAAUGAAGACUGCCCUGACUCGCUCUUGGUUCUUCAGCAUCCUCCUGUUUACACAAUGGGCACCGGUAGCUCUGAAAAGUUCCUCAAUUUUGACCUCAAGGAUGCUCCAUUCGAUGUUCACCGAACCGAGCGCGGCGGCGAGGUUACAUAUCAUGGUCCUGGUCAGAUAGUAAUGUACCCCAUUAUGAAUCUCCGGAAUCAUAAAAUGGAUCUUCAUUGGUACCUCAGGUCACUUGAGGAGGUGAUCAUUCGUUCCCUUUCAAACACAUUCUCGAUCAAGGCAUCUCGGCUUGAGGGCUUAACUGGUGUUUGGCACGGAAACCAGAAACUAGCAGCUAUUGGUAUACGAGUGUCGCAGUGGAUAGCUUAUCAUGGUUUAGCAGUGAAUGUAACCACAGAUUUAACUCCUUUUAAUUGGAUAGUACCGUGUGGUUUGCAAAACUAUCAGGUCGGAAGCAUUAGAGAGUUGUUAGGGGAUAUUGAGUCAUUUGACGGUAGUAGUAGAAAACAGGUACGUGAUCCUGAUGAUGGCCAGCUACUUGACAUUGCUUGCAAAUCUUUGAUCAAUGAGUUCUCAGAAGUUUUUCAGGUUGGAAUCAAUUAUGAAACCAUCUCGAGGUUAGAGUUCUUAGAAAGUGAACUUGUAAAGCUUCUGUAAGAGGCAGUAAUUUAGUUGUGGGUUUCAUGCCUACAAUUGCUAGUGUGAAGCAGAUCUAAACACUCCUGUACAUUUUCAUGUCCAAUCUGUUCCUAGUGCAGUAGGUCUUGUCACCAAACAGAAUUAUGUUAUAGUUUUGUGAGCAAACGCUGAUGGUGCAAACCUUGGAAGCCCUGCCACUAGCCUCCAAGUUAUGAUGACCACCAGGUUCCUUUGGUUCUUUAGCCUGUUGCUCAUCUAAUACAGAAGUAUAGAACACAUGUUGCAAGUUGAAUGUUUCAAAAUGCAACAAAAGUGAGCAGCAACAAUAUAUUAGCUUUCCAUCCUUUUUAUCUCUUGGAUGAUAACUUGCACUGUCAACCUGUGAGGUCUGGAAGCUUUUUGAGCAGGUUUGAGUCACUGAGCUAUUUUCAGAUGCUUUCACGUGUAUCAUUAUGAGCAUAUGACACUAAAUGAUUAAAGUUGAGUCUGUAUUUAUAUAUUGAAACUAUGUCAACCAAGUAACAUUUUUUUUUUGGUUAAGCAACCAAGUAACAUAUUGAUUACAGGUCAAUGAGCACUAAUAACGAAUCUGAAAGCAUGAAGAUUUGAAGCUAUUAUUUCCAGUUACUUUUCUCUGUUAUUGUUGAAUGCAUGUCUUCAUUGACAUUCAAGAUGAGAUUGUGAUUCUGCAAUUUGAUCGUUAGUGUUUCAUUUAUUUCUGCUUGAUUUGAUGUUUGAAUUUUGGAGGCCUCUGUUUGGA